AGACUUGUAAAAGAGUAGCUGAAGCUGGCCAGAAGCGCGAUUAGGGAUAUUGAGUACAGGGGACUUUGAGAAGAGCUGGAAUUCGUAAAUAUACCGGCCCAUUUUGGGCCUUUUGGCGGAUUAAUGAGUUAAUUCGGAGAUUGAUAUUGCUGUUAACUGUAGCUCUCCUUGUAGACUUGCAGCAAAGUGCUUAGAGACGAGUAGGUUUAGCUAAAGCGAGCUUGUUUUUCAGCCAGAAAUAACUCGCCACUGUUCUCGCGCACACAAGUGGAGUUGGAGUGAAGCAGCGAGUUGGGGAACUACUCCUUCUACUCCGCUAUCUUUAUCCAAAGGUAUAUGUUGUAGUCGUGUUUUACAUUCUCGUUUUUGUCCGAAAGCGUAGAUAAUGAUAUAAUUCCCCUCAGGGGCUUAGUUAAUUACUUGGUUUUUAGACACUUGGUUUGUGUAGCUAACUAACUACUCGUUUAGAAACGAGCUGUCGCGCGAGACAACUCGAGAAAUUGAAACCAACUUCGACGAAAAUAGUCCCCGACCGAGGUAGGCCAAUUUCAGUAACUUUAUACCGAAAUAUUACUUAGUAAUGUUAUUGAGCAGCCAGAUGAGAUGCUAGUUUUGCUGUGUGCUGCUGUAACGGAAGCCAUGCGCGAGACCCUGUGGAGGACGGCGUUCUAACAGCUGAAACAAUAACAUCAUUUUAACACUCUGACUCGUUUCCUGACCGCCGACAAGAGACAGUCGUGUAACUUUACUUCUCCACUGAAAAGCUCGUCGAUUUCUAAAGCUUGGCUGGUUACUUGCAGGGUAUCACCUACACGGAGCUUUAAAGUUGAUCUACGACCGAAGUAAACCGCUCUGAUGCUUUCUAAUAGGUAAUAAGUCCUCCAUUAAUGAACACUGCUGCUGUCUGACACCGAACCCUUGACUGAUUGCACUACAUGCAACAGAAAUAAAGGACCUUCUACGCAAAGAUAUCUAAAAGUUUUAAGUUGUGACCAGAGAGCAAUGUGGCUGUUGUUCAUCUGAGCACCAUGGGAGGAUGUGUGGGGAGAGAGCGCCCGGAGUCCCGAGGCUCGACCCACCGCGGACGGGGCCAGAGAAAACGUGGAGCCCGUAACGAACCUCUGAAGAAGGAUAAGCCCAGGUGGAAAAGUGACUACCCCAUGACAGAAGGCCAGCUGCGCAGCAAGAGGGAUGAGUUCUGGGACACGGCACCGGCUUUCGAGGGCCGCAAGGAAAUUUGGGAUGCCUUAAAAGCGGCUGCCGUGGCCGUGGAAUGCAACGACCAUGAGCUAGCUCAGGCGAUAUUAGAUGGAGCCAGCAUCACACUACCACACGGAUCCCUGACCGAGUGCUACGACGAGCUCGGUAAUCGCUACCAGCUCCCUGUCUACUGCUUGGCUCCACCAGUCAAUCUAAUCUCAGAGAGAGGUGAAGAGGAAUCGGUGCCAGAAAAUGCAGACACACAAACGGCCCCCAAAAAGGAGUUUCAGCUCAAGGUGCGCCUCUCGACAGGCAAGGACGUACGUCUCAGUGCCAGCAUGGCUGAUCCUGUGGGCCUGCUGAAGAAGCAGCUGCAGGCCCAGGAGGGCAUCGAAGUGGCACGUCAGCGCUGGUUCUUCUCUGGCAAAUUACUCACAGACAAGACCCGCCUUCAGGACACUAAGAUCCAGAAAGACUUUGUCGUCCAGGUCAUUGUGAACCAGGCCGACUAUUAAAGGCAGAGGUGACCAAAUAGCGCUGAAAACAUGGGAAGUGUGGGGGGGGCAGCUUUGUACUUUUUUUUUUCCUCCCCAGGAAAAGAAAAUCACAAGAAGAGAGAGACAGCCAGCAUAUGUGCUCCACGACAGAAAUAAGCAUGUUUUUCGGCUUGUCACAUCUUUUUGUUUUUACUUACAAAAAUAGAUCAGAAGAGAGACGAAAAAAGAAAGAUGGACGUCACAUGCUGCUUUAAUCUUCUACUACAAAAUGUCAUUGUUUAGAGUCUGACCAUCACUGUACCUUGCUGGAGCCAUGUGCUGGUUCUGUUUCAUUUGGACAGACUUUGUCGGUGAAGCACCAGUGAAAGUAAAAGUGAAUUUUUUUCUUUGUGUGACCUCACUAAGAGAGCCUCUUUUGAAACUGGCCUGGUGAGAAGUGAUUGUUGAAAGAAGGUGACGUGGGUAUUGAUCAGAAAGAGUCGUGUAGAUGCUUGCUCAAGCAAAGUGCCAAUAUAAGUGAGGCUUAAAAAAAAAAAAAGGAAAA